CUAUGUAAAUGGACGAAGGGAAAUACUUCAUUAUUAAAUUUCAUAUGUUUCAAAAAUAGAGAUAUAAGUAAAGAUACAUUACAUUUUGAAAGUAUCAGCCAAAAUUAAAUUGCAAAAAUAAAUGUGAUUAAAUAUUGAAAUAAAUUAAAUUAAUCUCAAAGUUUUUUUGUUAACAAAUGUCACAUUUCUACUGUGCGUAGAGAUUUCACAAAAUGUAUUCACCAUAAAUAAGUGGUUUAAGAUUUUUGUCUUUUUAGAAAAGAAUAGAAAGGAAAAAAUACAUCUUAGUUUAGAGUAAAUCAACCUCCAAUUUUAUGACAAAAAAUAUAUCUGAGAUAAUUCAGAUAAAUUAAUAGCAAAUUCAUUUCUUUAUUCUUUUUCAAAACUAAUUCAUACUCCAUCCGUUCUUUUAUAAAUGAUGUUUUGUAUUUUUUCACACAAAUUUAGGUAACUAGUACAAUAUCUACUCUAACCUUCUAUAGUUAAUUAAUUUAGUUUAGACAAUAAUUUUUUUUUUUAACGCUGAUUUAUUAUGAUCUUACAAUUAUGAUAUAGGAAAUAUUACAUAGACGAUUCGACAACCGACAAUACUACCUGUCUUAUGAAGACCUACGCCUAACUGUAUCACCUGAGCCGUCCUAUGAAAAUCCACGCCUGACCAGAUGUACUUGCACCAUGUUGAAGAUUCCUUGCAAGCUUUUUCCUCUGUAGUCUGCAUAAUUGUUUAAUAAACCGCUCUCUCCGGGACUUGAAACCUGGAUUUUCUGUAAUCUGCAAUAAAUUUGCAUAGUCUGGGAUUUGAACCCCAGAUCUGGGUGUAGAAGCCUUUAAAUCUUAACCAAUAGGCUACGGUGCUUCCACAAUUUAGACUAUAAUUACGACAGAGAUAAAACAAAGGGCAAAAGAAGUCCACUUUUGCUAUAUUUUGUCUUGAAGUUUGUAAACGACAAGUAUUGUAAAACAAAAUAAAAGUGGGGGAGUAUCCUAUUGUUCAGUAAAAAUCAUACAACUGCAUGCAUGGAUGGCAUAAAGAUUUCACUAUAAAUAUCACACAUUGAUUUCUUUUCUUUCUUACAAAAACAAAAACAUAAAAUCAUGAGCAAUAUGAAAGAAACAAAUAGGUCUAUUCUCGUGGUACUGCUCGUAUCAUGUGUGUUUAUGAGCACGGUGAAAAUGGGAGCUGGAAACUAUAUUGGAUAUCCAGCAAUAGGGUCUGGCGAUUCUCCAGCUCGUUGUAAUCCUAAAUAUCCUGCAACGUGCCACCCACCAGAACCUGAAAAUCCGUACACACCAGGAUGCGAAAAAUUUGAAAGAUGUCAGCGUGAUUCUCAUCCACCAGCUCUUUCCAACAAAUAUACAACAGACCAUGUAGGGCUUUUAGCAAAAAAAAAAACCAUCGGUUAAAAAAACCGAGAAAGCAACAGACCUAGUUUAUAUAUUCAUAUCAGCCUAUCACUUUGGCUUAACAUUCGGUUAUAGCUAAGACAUAAUCGGCAAAUCUUAAAAUUCAAUCGGUUUUGAUUCGAUUUGGCAAACAGAACCAUCGGUUUAAAAAAUAGCAAUUAAAGAAACCGAAUAAACCUAAUUC